CCUCGGAUCGCCCUCAGAUCCUCCACUUGCCCUUCCUGGACCCCCAGGCCCUGCCACUGGACCCUCAGUGCCUUCCCAGGCUUCUCCCUAGGACCCCCCAGGCAUUCCCCAGGCCCUUCCCUCGCCUCCUGGGAGCAUCCAGACUUUCCAAACCCCGUUCUUCCCCAGGCUCCACCCUAGAUUCCCAUGUCUUUGCCUGGUUUGCCCCGGGAUCCCAGGGAUCCCAGGCCUCUAAAUCUCCCCUCGCUUUCCUGGGCUUCCUCCUGGACCCCCAGGCCUGCCCCAGCACUUCCCAGAAGCCCCCCACCCCAGGCCCUCGCAGGAGCUCUUCUUCCUUCCCCCUGCCCUUCCUCCUGGCUUUAUUUUUUCUUUACCCACAUGCUGCUCCAGCCUCUGUAUUUUUCCUAGUGCGCUCCUGCAGUACCCCCUCUUCUUUUGCCCCCAGCCUUCCUGUCUUUUCCAGACCCCUCUCCCAGCUGAUGUAGCUUCUGAUGUCUCUGCUGCUCCCCCUCCUUGCCGGUCGGUCCCCAUCUACCCCUCUCCCAAGACACAGAUGGGCCUGAGGCAUCAUGGUAUGGGUACACAGCAGACCCUCCUUCAGAGUUAGGGUUUGUUUUGUUGCUUUUCUUAAUCUCUUCGUUUUCUCUCAUCCUUGCUCCUUUUCCCCCUUCUUUUGAUCUGUUCCACUUCUCUGUACUAAAUUCCUUUCCUCCUCCCCCACUUUUGUCCUCUGAGCACCCACAUCCUUGGAGAGGGCACAGGUGCUGAGACCCCGCCUGCUCUCCCUCCCCUCUUCCCCUCCUGGCUGCCUGGGGCUUCACCCAAAGCCUCCUAGCCUCUCCGGAGGACUGCUAGGGAGUACAUGGUGGAGACAGUGGCCCAGGGAGGGGGGAAGGUGGGUCCUGGGCAUAUUGGGAACACUGGCUUCUUCCCAAGCUCCCCUGACUCCUGCCUCCUGCCGUGCUGAGCUUUUUAGAGUUAUCCCAGACUCCAAUUAAUCAGCCUCCCUGAGCCCACAGGGACUUGUCUGCCUGCCACCCAGUGGGCUCUGCAUGUUCAGGAGGCCUGCAAGGAUGAGCAGACUGCAGGGCCCCCCAGUGUCUCAGGCAGCUUCUGAGUGGCUCAGGGCACGCCCCCCGCCUGUAGCUCCUUGGUGCCCUCUGUGGUCUGCCAGAGGCAGCAUGGUCCCUGCAGCACCAUGGGGCCCGACAGAGUGACAGCCCGAGAACUGUGUGAGAACGACGACCUGGCCACCAGCCUAGUCCUGGAUCCCUACCUCGGCUUCCGAACCCAUAAAAUGAACGUAAGCCCUGUCCCCCCCCUGCGGCGACAGCACCACCUGCGCUCAGCGCUGGAAGCUUUCCUGAGGCAGCGGGACCUGGAGGCUGCAUAUCGGGCCCUGACGCUGGGAGGCUGGAUGGCCCACUACUUCCAGAGCCGGGGCCCGCGGCAGGAGGCUGCCCUCAAGAUCCACGUCUUUCGCUACCUCCGCUCCUUCCUGCCCGAAAGCGGCUUCACCAUCCUGCCCUGCACCCGCUACUCCAUGGAGACCAACGGGGCCAAGAUUGUGUCCACCCGUGCUUGGAAGAAGAAUGAAAAGUUGGAGCUGCUGGUGGGCUGCAUUGCAGAGCUUCGGGAGGAGGACGAGGGGCUGCUGAGGGCUGGGGAGAAUGACUUCAGCAUCAUGUACUCUACCCGAAAGCGGAGCGCACAGCUGUGGCUGGGCCCUGCCGCCUUCAUCAACCAUGACUGCAAGCCCAAUUGCAAGUUUGUGCCUGCAGAUGGGAACACAGCUUGUGUGAAGGUGCUGCGGGAUAUUGAGCCGGGGGAUGAAGUGACAUGCUUCUAUGGUGAGGGCUUCUUUGGGGAGAAGAAUGAGCUCUGUGAAUGCUACACCUGUGAGAGGAAAGGUGAAGGAGCCUUUCGACUGCAGCCCAGGGAGCUGCAGCAGCCACCACAGCUCCUGGACAAGUAUGAGCUCCGGGAGACCAAGCGACGCCUGCAGCGAGGCAUGGACAGCAGCCGGCCGAACCUGCUGGGCCCGCGGGCCUGCACCCACCUUUCCCCACUGCAUUGGGACCCAUUUUGUGCUGCCUGUCAGCCCCUGCACCUGCCACCCUGCGGCCCCCGCUUGGACAUCUCACCCCUCUGGCUCCAAUGGCUGCCUAAGCCCCAGCCUCGAGUGCGCCCCCGGAAACGCCGACGCCCCCGGCCCCGUCAGGCCCCCAUGCCCCCCACUGUCCGUGCUGCCUACAUCUCCCUCCACCGAUGGGGAGGCUGUGGCCCCCACUGCCGCCUGCGGGCUGAGGCCCUGGUGACUCUGGGCCUUCCCCCUCGCACCCAUUGGGCCCCCCAGCAGGACUGGCACUGGGCCCGGCGCUACGGGCUGCCUUAUGUGGUGCGUGUGGACCUCAGCCGUCUGGCCCCUGCCCCACCAGCCUCCCCUGCCCCAGCUGAUGCCCUAAGCCCCAUCCCCAUCCCUAAGCAGGCCCUUGCCUUUGCCCCCUUCUCCCCGCCCAAGCGCCUGAGGCUGGUGGUCAAUCAUGGCUCCAUUGACCUGGAUGUCAACAGUGGAGAGCCAUGACUGAUCAGGCAGGGGGGCCCAGGCAGGGUGGGAAAGUCUUUCUCUUAGACACCCCACAGACCCAGAAGGAACCUCUUGAGGAGGAGCUGACCCUUGACUCCAGCACAGUUCUGACCCUGGGACAGGGUUGGUUAGGAUAUCCCUAGGGAUCUGAUACCUGACCCUGUAUGACUGCUGACCCCUGAGCCACCCCCACACCCAGCAGUGAGCCCUGGCCAUUUGCUGCCCUUACCCCCACUCAGGACCACAGGAGCCAUCCCCUCCCCUCAGUCCUUCCACUCCAGGGAGCAAAGCCAUAGUGGGUGGGGACCACUCUAUGGCAUCUCCCCAGAAACCCAGGCCUCAUGAGGAGGUAGAACUGACUCGGGGGUGGCCCUCCUAGAGAAUGCCCCCAUGAUGGGGAGUGGAUGUACUCCCGACUCUGCAGCUGUGAGGUAGGGGCAGGUUGGGGGCGUGGUGUCUGUGCACGUUCUCACCACCCCCACAGGUCUCAGGGAGGCCGGGUGCGACCUUAUCUUUCUCAUGGUGCUAUCCCUGGUGCUACUGGGGUAUGCGAGCCUCUCCAUUCCCCACACCAGAAUGGGGUAUGUUGGGGGAUUGGAAGCACUUGAACUUUUUAUUUUAUUAAAAACCUUGUUAUAAGCAGUA